CACUACUAAUCAAAAAGAGUUCUGAAACUGAAAACUAGAAAGCAAGGUUUUCGGAAAACACCUGGGUAACUGUAGUUCACACGGCAUGUCACCCUUGUUAUCCGCGUAUCAGUACUUAGCAUCAUUUAUGUUCGUGAUAAAGUGAUAAUAAAAGAACAAGUCUUAUUUGAAAAUAAUGACGAGCUUGUGAAGUGAUGAAACGGGGGCUCGUGGCCGUGACAGCACGAGCUCUGAUUGGCUGGAGAGGAGAAACUCCUCGCCGGUGGGGUGAGCGGAUUCACGGUAUAAAUACGCGAACCGAUUCCGUUAGAAAUACGGUUGUACGGGGACGCUGGUGUGAAGAAGUUAGAGAAAAAGACAGCGAACAUCAGAUGAGCAUCAGCCAAUCCGUGCAUUCCCUUUAGGGUGGUGUCCAACUCUCCGACCAAUCAGAGCGCGCUAUUGCUCCGCUCGCGACAGCAGAGCACUACGCAUCACCGUCAACAGCAGCGGUUGUGUGUCCUGGAUAUCCAGCGUUCUCUUAAUACGAUCUUGCACGUGCGUUGAAUUAACACACACACCCUUUGCAUCAGUCUGUGAUCAUCUUCAUCAUGCCUGAUAUGGAUAUUAAAACUGCAGUCUGGCGUCCGACUCCGGAGCAGUCAGUGGAGGACGUGUUUGACACCACAUAUAAAGAGAAAGAAGGGCCUAAACCUCCCGUCGUCAUAAUUUGGAGAAAUGUGAUUCUGAUGAGUUUAUUACACAGUGCAGCUCUGUAUGGGCUUCUGCUGGUCCCAUCUGCAUCUGUCCUCACACUCUUCUGGACGUUGGUGUGUUACGUGUUCAGCGGUCUGGGAAUCACCGCCGGCGCGCACCGCUUGUGGAGCCACAGGACGUAUAAAGCGUCUUUACCGCUCCGGAUCUUCCUGGCCUUCGCCAACUCCAUGGCUUUCGAGAACGACAUCUACCAAUGGGCACGUGACCAUCGCGCUCACCACAAGUACUCUGAGACGGACGCCGACCCUCACAACGCCCAGCGCGGGUUCUUCUUCUCUCACAUCGGCUGGCUCCUGGUCCGUAAACACCCGGACGUCAUCGAGAAGGGACGCAAGCUGGAGAUCAGCGACCUCAAGGCCGAUAAGGUCGUCAUGUUUCAGAGGAAGUACUACAAGCUGUCUGUGCUGCUGAUGUGCUUCUUCGUGCCGAUGUUUGUGCCCUGGUUCCUGUGGGGCGAGUCGCUGUGGGUGGCGUACUUCGUUCCGGCCAUCCUCCGAUACGCACUCGUGUUGAACUCCACCUGGCUGGUCAACAGCGCCGCACACAUGUGGGGGAACCGGCCCUACGACAGCACCAUCUACCCCCGGGAGAACCGAUUCGUCGCCUUCACUACCAUCGGCGAAGGCUUCCACAAUUACCACCACACGUUCCCCUUCGACUACGCCACCAGCGAGUACGGCUGGAAGCUCAACCUGACCACGUUCUUCAUCGACCUCAUGUGCCUCCUCGGCCUGGCGAGCGACCCGAAGAGCGUAACCCGGGACGCCAUGAACGCUCGCAUCGUGCGAACCGGAGACGGGAGUCACAGGAACGGCUAACGUUCCAUCCCAUCAUCCCUCGAUCCCAACGAACUGCCGGCCGGAAAACAGGAGGACAAUCGGUCCUUCCAGUGACGGGGAGUUUCACGACUGCUUUGACUUCCGAUGACUCGUUCUUUACCCCAGUCUCGCCUGUGACGCUUUGUGUAGCGCUUCUCCAGAUUUAGUUUCCGCGGACUCUGAGCUUCAGUUGCUGACGUGUUCCCGUUUUACGACCCCGUCACACAGGCAUCUUACCAAACCUAGAAAUUAAAUCUACUUAAUAUUUAACAACAGUUGCACCUUAACGAAUCAAGCGAUCGUGUUUAAUAGUUUAAUAUUGCCAAACUGUUUUGUUGCCAUACUUGCACAAAUUGUCCACGUUUUGGAUCCGAUGCUUGAUUUGGAAGUGUUCGAUAUAUGAGUGACGUUUAGUUUAAUUUGACGAGGCUGCGUGACAAUGAUUGAGCGUGUUGAUUCUUGUACUGUAAAUGUAUAGUUUGGUUUUGUAUCGUGAUUAACUGCGCAACAUCAUCCAGAUUUGAUCCUACAUUAAUGUUGGCAUCUUCUAGGAACGUUCAUGUAAGCAUGCUCUAUUAAUACAGAACUCUUUUCUAUUGUAUAUUAAUACAGACGAAACACUUGCAGUAAUUAUGGUCCGGAUUGCCGUCACGUUUUCACCUGUACGUUUAAUCAAACAUAAUGUAUUUUCAGAGAUUUUUCAAAUGCUAUUUUUCCAUGUUCCGAUUUCCUUUGACAAGUUGCACGUAGUUUAAUAGUUUGGCAACCUUUAAAACGAUUGGGAUUGUAAUUCCUUCCAGACUUUACAGUGAUGAAGACGCCGCUGUUCCUCUCACAGGACGGAUCGCCUUAUUUUCACUCUGACUCUUGUGACCCGAGAGGUCGUGAUAUUUCUCAUGCUGUUUGGAAGACGCCGUUGGCUCUUAAAACUAAUAUGAUGUUCUUGUUUGUGAUAACAGCCUGUAAUAGUGAAUGGACUUUUGUUUCUUAAUCUAUUACUGGAAAUAAAGUCUCAAGCAAAGAGCUUCUCAACCUGU